AUGGUCACGAUAGAGCAGCAGAAAGCCAAGGCGCGCAAAAGCGGUCCAAGUCUGCUGCGCAAGACCGCAUAUCUAGGAGAGAAGGCCAAUACCUUCUCGACAACGGUGUACUGGGAGCCCACGCACAAGGAGUACCGCGUCGCAGCACAUGUUCCUACCGAUUGGGAGAUUCCCAAUCUCAAUCGCCUAAUUGGAGACGCCCUAUCCAGUCGAUCAUCGACACAGUCCCGUCGGCCACCAGCUCGGCCGGGGAGACGGCCGUCGCCUGCUCCCCCGCCGCCGACGGCGCGGCCCCGUCGACAGCUAUACCGCGUGCAGAAAAAUACCCGCGACACCGUGGCCCAGCCUCGACGGAGCGCCCGUCAUCAACCUCGGGGCGCUAGACUACCAUCCGGAACCGAGCGGGUGUCACCCUCCGCCGCCGACACGCCUGCACCAGGAAGCUAUGAGCAGGUUCCCGUCCCGAGUUCUCCUCAAGGCGCCCUUCGGGAUGACAUGGUCGAAUCGGAGCAGGUCGGAACAGACAGAUCGCAUCCCCUAAUGGAUAGCCUGGCAGCCGAGACUGGUGGUCUCGUCUCGCCCGGCAUGGCAGG